AUGGAGGACGCGGAAAUUGCAGCAGAUGCAGGCGAUGCGGCUGAGGAGGUGGUGGUUGUGGAGAUUGGAGAGAACGAGUUGAGCGCACAGGAGGGAGGGAAGGAGGAGGCAGAGAAGGAGGAGGAAGAGGAGGAAGAGGAGGAGGAGGUUGAUGUGGAGAUUGAAGGGGAUGAAUUGCGCGUAGAAAUAGAGGACGAUGCGGUGAGCAUGGAUAUAACGGAGGAGGAGGUAGAGGAAAGCAUGCACGCGGGCGUAGCUGCAGUAGGCGCGUUCGUUGGCUGGCAUCCCGUGGAAGCGGGCGGAAGGGGCGUUUCCGCCCCGCGCGGGGCUCGCAGCGGAGGGGAAGGCGCGGGGGAAAGCGCGGAGGGUUUGCGCGGGGCGGAGGGGCCCCGGACUCCCGACGGGUGGUUUGGUGAAUCAGCGCUGGUAGGCGCGCGGGAUGGGGACCGGGGGGGCGAUAGCGCGGAGGAUGGUUCGGAAAUUAGAGCAGCGGUAGGCGGAAGGGAUAGCGCAGCGGAUGCGGAAGAGGGUCGCGCACGAGGGGAAGGGGAAGGGGAAGGGGGGAAGGGGAGGCGGCGAGCGGGUCGCAAGUCGGUGGGGAGGGGUAGGGUGGGGCAGGGGAGAAGGAGAACCGGGAAGGGCGCGGGAGAUUCAGCUAGGACGGGCAUGGAAGGUGGGUGUGGAACCCCGGGCAACGAGCAGGGGCGGUCGGGGGUAGCAGAACCGCAGGCAGGUGGUACGUUCCAGGGGGAGAAGGACGAGAAGCAACACACGGGCGGACGGUCAACGAGGAAAGAAGUGCGAACGAGGGGUCAAGCGCGGUUGGCAGUGGUUAUAGCGGAUGCGUUGGAUAAAGGGAGGGCUGCGGGGACAGCUGGAGCAGCAGCGAAAUUGAGGAAGGAGAGGAGGGAGAGUGCGAAGAGGGGAGAGAGGGCGGAGAGGGCUGAGAGGAGGAGCAAGGCCAAGGCUCGAGAUGUCUUGUGGGUGAAACGGCAGAGCUUAGAACGAGGGGCUAAGGUCGGUGCGAAUACAGGGGCGAAAGGAGGCGCGAAAGGAGGGGCGAAAGCAGGGGCGAGAGGACGACCUGCGAAAGGGAGGAAAGCGAAGUCGAAGGAAGGAGAGGUGGGGGGAGGGGCUACGGCAGAAGGGAGGGGGGCGAGGGCGGGGAAGGGGAGGCCAGGGAGGAGAGUGACAGGUGAGGCAAAGGUCAAGGGGGUUGUGGGAGGGAACGGUGGUGACGUGGAAGCUAUGAAAAAAAUAAAGGGCAGAAGAAUUGCAUGUGAGGAGAAGGGUGAGGGGAAUGCGGGAGGGAGCGACAGUGAAGAGUUGGGGGAUUGUGGGGCGGAGUGUGGGAGUGAGGACGAUUGCGGGGAUGAGGAAGAGUGUGGGGUGGAGGAGAUGUGGGGAUGUGAGGUGGAGAGUGGUGCGGAGGGAGCGUGUGGUGUGGAAGAGGAAUGCGGUGCGGUGGAAGAGGCGUGGGGGAAUGAGGCGGGGUGUGAGAGGGAGGAGAGAGGGGACCAGACAUGCGGCAUGACUGUGACUCCUGAAUUUAUGAAGACGCGUUUACAGAAGGGGCUGAGAGGAGGGGUGAGGGGCGGCGGGCAGAGGAAGGAAGGGGUUGGGCAGCCAAGUGGGGUGACUCCUGAGUUUAUGAAGACGCGUUUGAGGAAGGGGCAGAGAGGGGUGAGGGUCGGAGGGGUGAGGGACGGAGGGCAGAGGAAGGAAGGGGCUGGCCAGGCAAGUGGGGUGACUCCUGAGUUUAUGAAGACGCGUUUGAGGAAGGGGCAGAGAGGGGGGGUGAGGGACGGAGGGCAGAGGAAGGAAGAGGUUGGCCGGCCGAGUGGGGUGACUGCUGAGUUUAUGAAAACGCGUUUACAGAAGGGGCGCAGAGGAGGGGUGAGGGACGAAGGGCGCAGGGAGGAAGAGGCUGAUCCGUCUGGUAGUGCGAGUCCGGAUGUGGUGGAGGUGCCUCUAAUGGGGCAUGGGGUGGAGGUGCCUCUAAUGGGGCAUGGGGUGGAGGUGCCUCUAAUGGGGCAUGGGGUGGAGGUGCCUCUAAUGGGGCAUGGGGUGGAGGUGCCUCUAAUGGGGCAUGGGGUGGAGGUGCCUCUAAUGGGGCAUGGGGUGGAGGUGCCUCUAAUGGGGCAUGGGGUGGAGGUGCCUCUAAUGGGGCAUGGGGUGGAGGUGCCUCUAAUGGGGCAUGGGGUGGAGGUGCCUCUAAUGGGGCAUGGGGUGGAGGUGCCUCUAAUGGGGCAUGGGGUGGAGGGGUCUCAGGAGGGAAGGCUUAGGCCGUGUGGUGGGGCUUCUGCUGAGGGGUCUCAGGAGGGAAGGCUUAGGCCGUGUGGUGGGGCUUCUGCUGAGGGGUCUCAGGAGGGAAGGCUUAGGCCGUGUGGUGGGGCUUCUGCUGAGGGGUCUCAGGAGGGAAGGCGUAGGCCGUGUGGUGGGGCUUCUGCUGAGGGGUCUCAGGAGGGAAGGCUUAGGCCGUGUGGUGGGGCUUCUGCUGAGGGGUCUCAGGAGGGAAGGCUUAGGCCGUGUGGUGGGGCUUCUGCUGAGGGGUCUCAGGAGGGAAGGCUUAGGCCGUGUGGUGGGGCUUCUGCUGAGGGGUCUCAGGAGGGAAGGCUUAGGCCGUGUGGUGGGGCUUCUGCUGAGGGGUCUCAGGAGGGAAGGCUUAGGCCGUGUGGUGGGGCUUCUGCUGAGGGGUCUCAGGAGGGAAGGCUUAGGCCGUGUGGUGGGGCUUCUGCUGAGGGGUCUCAGGAGGGAAGGCUUAGGCCGUGUGGUGGGGCUUCUGCUGAGGGGUCUCAGGAGGGAAGGCUUAGGCCGUGUGGUGGGGCUUCUGCUGAGGGGUCUCAGGAGGGAAGGCUUAGGCCGUGUGGUGGGGCUUCUGCUGAGGGGUCUCAGGAGGGAAGGCUUAGGCCGUGUGGUGGGGCUUCUGCUGAGGGGUCUCAGGAGGGAAGGCUUAGGCCGUGUGGUGGGGCUUCUGCUGAGGGGUCUCAGGAGGGAAGGCGUAGGCCGUGUGGUGGGGCUUCUGCUGAGGGGUCUCAGGAGGGAAGGCGUAGGCCGUGUGGUGGGGCUUCUGCUGAGGGGUCUCAGGAGGGAAGGCGUAGGCCGUGUGGUGGGGCUUCUGCUGAGGGGUCUCAGGAGGGAAGGCGUAGGCCGUGUGGUGGGGCUUCUGCUGAGGGGUCUCAGGAGGGAAGGCGUAGGCCGUGUGGUGGGGCUUCUGCUGAGGGGUCUCAGGAGGGAAGGCGUAGGCCGUGUGGUGGGGCUUCUGCUGAGGGGUCUCAGGAGGGAAGGCGUAGGCCGUGUGGUGGGGCUUCUGCUGAGGGGUCUCAGGAGGGAAGGCGUAGGCCGUGUGGUGGGGCUUCUGCUGAGGGGUCUCAGGAGGGAAGGCGUAGGCCGUGUGGUGGGGCUUCUGCUGAGGGGUCUCAGGAGGGAAGGCGUAGGCCGUGUGGUGGGGCUUCUGCUGAGGGGUCUCAGGAGGGAAGGCGUAGGCCGUGUGGUGGGGCUUCUGCUGAGGGGUCUCAGGAGGGAAGGCGUAGGCCGUGUGGUGGGGCUUCUGCUGAGGGGUCUCAGGAGGGAAGGCGUAGGCCGUGUGGUGGGGCUUCUGCUGAGGGGUCUCAGGAGGGAAGGCUUAGGCCGUGUGGUGGGGCUGUACGGGGAGGGAGGAAGCGGAAGCGGGCAGGGGUGAGGGUGGGAGAGGCGGAGGGUGCGGAUGUGGGGUUUGCAGGUGGGGAGGAAGAAGCAUGUAGACUCGUUGGUGCAUGGGAUGAGUCUCCUUUGAAUAGUUCCCCACGUGGGAGUGCAGGAUAUGCAGGGACUGCAGUGGGAGUAGUGGGAGCAGUGAUGGUGGGGGAAGCCGAGGGCGCAGAUGGGGGGGUUGCAGCUGGUGAGGAGGAAGCAUGUAGGCGCGUGGAUGCAAGAGAUGCAUUUCCUUCAAAUGAUGCUCCGUGUGGGGCUGCAGGGGCGUCAGUCACUGCAGGGAGAGCAGUGGGAGCAGAGGCAGUGAGGGGGGAAGUGGGAGCAGUGGGUGUAGUGAGGGCAGUGAGAGAACUAAGGGCAGUGAGAGAAGUGAGGGCAGGGACUGGACCUGCAGCAGCAACAACUGCUGCUGCAUUUGGGAGUCCCAUUGGUGUGGCUUCGCCUGAUAAUGUCACACGGUCUGCCAAUGCUGCCACUGCUGCCAACGCGACCAAUGCUACUCCCGACUCGCCACUACCUGCCACACCUCCCCGUGCCUCCUCGCUUCACCAACGCUCCACUGCUGCUGGUGCUGCCACUGCUGCCAACGCUACCAACGCUACCAACGCGGCCAAUGCACCAUCCCCCAGCGUGCGAGCUCCUUCCCACUCGCCACUACCUGCCACACCUCCUCGUGCUGCCUCACGUCGUCGCUGCUCCACUCCUCCCCCUCCGCCUGCCACCGCCCCCCACCGACUGUCCCACCCACCUUCUCACCCGCCUCCCCACCCACUUUCGCACCAGCCUUCCCACAAAGGCAGCAAGAACUUGUUACACUCCCGGAAACCCAGCCGUGCGGCUUCUCACAUGAAUACCCCAGCUGGAGGGGGUGCUUCCAACUCUAGACCUCCCAGACCCGCCACCAUUGGCCCUGGCAUUGUAGUGGAAUACUCAAGGAGUGGUGCGAAUCCCCUCAAACUCUCAUUCCUGCCGCACACCUCACUCUCCUUCCCACCAGCCGUCUCGCUCUCCUUCCUGCCACCCUCCGCAUCUCGUCGCCCGCGCUUCCGUCCCCUGGCCUACUGGCUGCAUGAGAGAAUUUUCAGUCCAGUGGAUGUGGAGCGACCUUCUGUCUUGCUUGGACUGCAGCCAACCACACGUGCAGAGGAGUUGAAGAUGAUCACGAAGGGUGUGGGGAGAGCAGUGGCUACUGAAUCGGCCCAGAAGUCGAAGUCGCCUAGGGGGAGGGGAAGGUGUGCUCAAGGGGUGGAUGACGAGGAGGGAGUGGGUGCUUUGGUUGGAAGGACAGGUGGGGAAGGAGCGGUGGCUACUGAAUUGGCCCUAAAGUCGCCUAGGGGGAGGGAGAGGUUUGCUCAAGUGGGGGUUGAGGCGGAAGGUGUUGCUGCAAAGACAGGGGCGGGGAAAGCAGUGGCCUCUGAAUCACCUCGAAAGUCGCGUAGAGAGAGGGGGAGGUGUGCCCAAGUUGGGGUCGAAGCAGAGGGUUUGGUUAAUUCUGCUCGAAAGGGAGGGGCGGGGAGAGUGGUGGCUACUGAAGCAACUCGAAAGUCUCCUAGGCGGAGGGGAGAGUGUGGGGAAGGCGGGCAGGAUAAAGAGGAUAUGAUAGAUUUGACUGAGGAGGCGGAUGGGGGGAGAGAGGCGGUGGUGGAGGAGGGAGGAGGGGGUGGGAGGGAGGAGGGGGGAAGCGGGGAGGGAGAUGUGGGUGGAGAGGUGGUGAGGGAGGGCGAUGAGGAGAGGAGAGAGGAGAGGAGAGAGAAGGAAGGAACGGAGGAGGAAAUGGAGGGUGGAGAGGAAGGGCAUGGAUAUGGCGGCGCAGGAGGGGAGGGAGAAGAGGAGGGAAGAGGGGAGGGUGAAGGGGAGGGAGAAGAGGAGGGAAGAGGGGAGGGUGGAGGGGAGGGGGAAGAGGAGGGAAGAGGGGAGGGUGGAGGGGAGGGAGAAGUGGAAGGGAACGGGGAGGAUGGAAGGGAGAAGGAAGUUGUUGAAGCUCCUGUAAUGGAGGCUGCGGAUAAGGAUGCUGUAACAAGUGUGACUUUAGCGAGUGGGUUGAGGGGAGCUGGGAGAACCGUUGAUGGGACAAUGGCGGGAGGAAGAACUGUGCCUGGUAGGGCUGCCAAGACUGCUGCUCUGGCUCGGAUGUGCCGAACCUCGAGGCCUGGGCAGAAGGGGAGAGUAGGUGUGGGUGGGGAGGAGGGGAGAGUGGGGGCGGCUGGUGUGGGGGAUGUGGGGAGGGUUGAGGAGGGGAAUGGAGGACUGGGUGGGAGUGGGGGAGGGGCGGAGCAAGAGGGGGGGAAAAGCAAGGGAAAAGGGGAUGGGGAAGCGAAGGGGAAAGCGAAUGGGGAUGCGAACGGGAGGGCGAAUGUUCUUAAAAGAAAGAGAGUUGAGGUGCAGGAAAUGGAAAGGAGGAGUGUGAGAGUGACCAGAUCGAUGGCUAGGAUUGCUCGAGGGGAUAAUGGGGAUGUGGGGAACGGGGGAAGGAAGGGGAAGGGACUAGAGAAGGGGAAGGGGGAAGGGAAGGGGAAGGGGGAAGGGAAGGGGGAAGGGAAGGGGGAAGGGAAGGGGAAGGGGGGAAGGAAGGGGAAGGAGGUGGGGAAGGGGAAGGAUGAUUCGCCUCCCCCACCCUCCCCUCUUCCCUCUGUCAACAUCUCCGAAUCAACUCGCAAUCGCCCCUCUGCUUCAACCUCCGCCUCUGCUUCUGCCACUGCCGCUGCCGCUGCUGGUAACCCUAUGGCUUCACCGUCCCACGCCCCUAGAAACCGGGCCAAUCAGAACCACCGCGGUCAGAACCACCCCUCUCAAGAUGAUCCCCCUGAAAGCCCCGUCUCUGCUCCUGCUUUCGCUCCUGCCGCCGCUCCUGCCCUGGAUCACAUGGGGUGGACGGCGGGUCAAGUGAGAGCGUACCACGAGGCCAUGAGUGCUGUGAAUCCGCAUGAAAGCGGGUUCUGGGAGAGGGUGGCGCUGUGGGUGACUGGAAAGACGGCCACUGAGUGCUUUAACCGGCAUCAUGAGCAGUUUCCGACGCCGCCGAGACGGAGGGAAAGGCAGAGGCGGUUGAUUGGAGGGGGUGUGAGGGCGGAGCAGGAGGGGCAGCAGGAGCAGCAGGGGCAGGAGCAACAGCAGCGAGGGGUGCCGGUUGGGGAGUCAUCACAUGCUGCGUUCGUUGCUGCUUGUGUGGGGAUUGGGCCUCGGGGAGGUGCGGAUGGUGCAGGGGAGGGCCGGGAGGGGUUGGAAGGGGUGGAGAUGGGUGAGAUUGAGAUUCGUAUGGGGGAGAGCCGCAGUGCGGCGAGGAAUAGAGGAAGACAGGUGGCGGUGCGAAUCGAUUGUGCUGAAGCAGGGGUGGUUGUGGUUGGGGGAAAGGGGAAGGCAGUGGUGGGAAAAGGAAAGGGGAAGGCAGCUGUGGGGGCAGGUAGGGGAAGGGGAGCAGGUGGGGGAAAGGGGAAAGGGGACGCUGCUAGGGGGAGUGGAAGGGGAAGGGGAGGCGGUCUAGCAGCACAGCGAGCAGAGCGCGUCCCACACCUCUGCCCCUCCUUCUCCCUGCAUCCAACUCACGCACGACAGGCGGUGCUGGCAGCGCAGUCACUCCACAAGGACGACUUCACGCAGCACGAUGAGGAAAUCAGCGCCAUGUUUGCUGUCGCCCCCCCUUGCUGCUGCUUCACUUCACCCCCCUUGCUGCUGCUUCACUUCACCCCCCUUGCUGCUGCUUCACUUCACCCCCCUUGCUGCUGCUUCACUUCACCCCCCUUGCUGCUGCUUCACUUCACCCCCCUUGCUGCUGCUUCACUUCACCCCCCUUGCUGCUGCUUCACUUCACCCCCCUUGCUGCUGCUUCACUUCACCCCCCUUGCUGCUGCUUCACUUCACCCCCCUUGCUGCUGCUUCACUUCACCCCCCUUGCUGCUGCUUCACUUCACCCCCCUUGCUGCUGCUUCACUUCACCCCCCUUGCUGCUGCUUCACUUCACCCCCCUUGCUGCUGCUUCACUUCACCCCCCUUGCUGCUGCUUCACUUCACCCCCCUUGCUGCUGCUUCACUUCACCCCCCUUGCUGCUGCUUCACUUCACCCCCCUUGCUGCUGCUUCACUUCACCCCCCUUGCUGCUGCUUCACUUCACCCCCCUUGCUGCUGCUUCACUUCACCCCCCUUGCUGCUGCUUCACUUCACCCCCCUUGCUGCUGCUUCACUUCACCCCCCUUGCUGCUGCUUCACUUCACCCCCCUUGCUGCUGCUUCACUUCACCCCCCUUGCUGCUGCUUCACUUCACCCCCCUUGCUGCUGCUCCACUUCACCCCCCUUGCUGCUGCUUCACUUCACCCCCCUUGCUGCUGCUUCACUUCACCCCCCUUGCUGCUGCUUCACUUCACCCCCCUUGCUGCUGCUUCACUUCACCCCCCCCGCUGCUGCUUCACCCCCCCCGCUGCUGCUUCACCCCCCUCUCCUCUCACAGGCGUACUGGCAGCGCAGUCACGCCACAAGGACGAUUUCACGCAGCAUGAUGAGGAAAUCAGCGCCUCCCUGUCGUACCCUCACUUCCCCACCCUCCCAUCACAGGCGGUGCAAGCAGUGCAGUGCCAACACAAUGACGACUUCACACAGCACGACGAGCAGAUCAGCGUUGCGGUGCAAGCAGUGCAGUGCCAGCACAAGGACGACUUCACACAGCACGACGAGCAGAUCAGCGCCAUGUCUUCUGUCGCCCCCCGCCUUGCCUUCGCCAUGGCCUCUGCUGCCCGUGCGCGGCUGGACGGCCCUGCACCACCAGCAGGUGCUGCUGCCGUUGCCCCCGCUCCUGCUGCUGCUGGCGCUUCUGCUGCUGCUGCUGCUUCGGGGAAUGCGGAUCGAGGCGGCAGUCAGUCAAGAGGGAGGGGGCGAGGCGGACGGAGAGGGAAUGUCAAGGGUGGGGGAACAGGAGGAGUAGGACGAGGAGGAGGAAGGGGAGGAAAGGCUGUUCGAGAACGGAGGGGGGGAGGACGGGGAAAAGGUUUGGGGAAGGGAGGUGGAGGUCCGGGAUCAGGAGAUUCGGAAGUGAUUGGACCGGGGGUGAAUUAUCUGGCCGGUGCAUUGGGGGGCGAGAGGGAGGUGAGGGCGUUGGUGGGAGCGUAUGAGAUGCAGAAGAGGCAUCUGGAGUUGACUGCUAGGCGUGCUGAAGCACUUGCUCUUGGUGCUUCUAGGGAUGGUGGUGAUGGCGGUGGGGGGAUGAGGAGGCUGGGGUGUGGGGCGUGGGAGGUUCGCGCAUGGGAUGAGGAGGACGAGGAUGAGGAGGAGAAUGAGGAGGACGAGGAGGAGGAUGGGGAGGAAGAAGAGGAGGGGUGGGUGGGACGCAUUGAGGGAGGUGGAGGGGAAGGAGGAGCUGGGGCAAUUGGAGAUGAAGGGGGGGAGAGGGAGAAGUUGGAGUAUGGGGAGGGAAGUGAAGAGGAUGAUGAGGAGGAUGAGGAGGAUGAAAUGGAAGAGGGAGUGGAGGUUGAAGAGGAGGAAGAUUAA